AUGUCCACCAAAGCGACAAGCCUCUCAGCAGAGGAAAUUCUUCGCCAUCCCGCAUACAAGACGACGCAAUGGGGUCUUAAACCUAGGCUAUCGGGAUUCGCGACGGUGGCUGAGUCCCGUCCAGGUGGGCCAUUCCCUAUGUGGUACGAAAUUCACGGCCGAGGACCAAAGAAAAUUGUCUGGAUCAUGGGCCUCGGUGGUAGCCGGAACCUGUGGAAGCGUCAGAAUCGACACUUUGGGCAUCUGCGUGGCGAGGACUACAGCUCCCUUGUCUUUGAUAAUCGCGGGGUGAGCAAGUCGGCCAAGCCAAAUUGCAGGUACAGCACCUUGGAUAUGGCAAAGGACCUCGUCGAACUGCUGAGGCACAUUGGCUGGCUCGAUACUGAUUCUCAUUACUACCCGCGAGACUUGAACAUUGCAGGAAUCAGCUUAGGUGGCAUGAUUGCGCAAGAACUUGCCCUUCUGAUACCUCAACGAUUGCAAUCGCUGAUCCUCAUCUCUACGGCUCCCCGCCUGAUUCGAACCGUUCACACAUUCGAGCAUAUGAAACAACGAGUCGCCAUGUUUCUUCCCACAGCAGUUGACGUAGAGCUCAAGAACAAGGCCAGUAGGCUGUUCACUAGGAGUUAUCUCAAUGCGCCGGACACCGGAUCCCUGGACCCAGAAAAAACCUUUCCCACCAACCUUGACCGCUUUGUGGCAGAGGAACUCGCAGAGCGUUGCGAAGUUACCGACUUUUCUCGGAGAAAAGGCGUCGUGCUACAGGCUAUUGCCGCUGGAUGGCACCACAAGAGCGACGCAGAUCUCGCAAGAAUAGGGGACGAAGUAGGCAGGACCCGAAUCUUGGUGAUGCACGGGACUUUUGACGAAACCAUUACCUUUCCGCAUUUUGAGCUAAUCAAGGCUGCGUUGGGAGACGGGCCGGAGUACAUUGCUUGGAAAGACUGUGGCCAUGUGCCGUUGUGGGAAAGAGAGGAGGAAUUCAACGAGACCGUUGGAAAUGGAGACUUUGCGUUCAAUUUUGACAUCACAGGUACGCAAUCGUUGGUACCUUUCAACACACUUUCCAGCUGGGGAUGGCAUAAGGAUGCGUUGCCACAAAACGGAGAAAAGCUGGAAGAAUAUGCGGGCGUCCCUGUAGUUACGCAUGGAAGAGAAGUUAUCUACGACCUUGAAGAUCCGAAGCUGCCAGAAAUAUCGAAAUGGUUGAGUGCUAACCCCAACCGCAUCAAUCUUGGCCGCAUCAGCUUGAGUUACAAGAACGAGACGCUAUCAUCGAUCACGGAACCCCGCCAAGUCCUUGACCUCUGGAACGGUGUUACUACUUCGUCGUUCAAGGUUGAUGGUGAGGAUGUGAAAGUGGUUACUCAAGGAGAUUUUGACACCGACUCCGUUACUUUCGACAUCGAGUCCGUAUUGAUCUUUGAAGGAACCCUUCGAGUCGAAUUUGACUUUCCGUUUCCUCCGAUCCACAAGGUUGAGAAGACAUCAGACUUUGAGGUGUUCAUGGGGAGCUACCAAUUCCCGGACAAUCACACUACUUCUAUUGUUAAACCCGGAGUUGAUUCUGAUGACACAGCUCAUAUCCAUCACACAAUGCAAGAAACGUCAUACUACCAGAACUUGCGGUGGCCCAAGGAAACACCAUUGACUUUGAGGAGAAUUGGGAAACAGAAUUCUAACACGACUAAUGCGCAUCGCUAUGGACUGUUCCCAGCCGCCUCCGGAAAGAAUGUCGCCAGAGCGAAUGGAUUGUCCUUCACUGCCCAGUAUAGUCUCAAGCUUCAAAGACCGUCACUGCCCUCCUCAAUUCGCCGGCGGAACAGUCUCGAUUGGCAGAGGUACUGGCAAGAAGGGGGGUUCGUAGAUCUCACCCAGUCGUCAAACCCAAACGCGACGGAGCUCCAGCGACGCAUCAUACUCUCCCAAUACGCGAUGAGAAUCAACAGCGCAGCCACUGGCCAGCCACCACAGGAAAGUGGUCUGGUGUAUAACGGGUGGUGGGGCAAGUUUCACAUGGAGAUGGUCGUUUGGCAUUGUGCUCAUUGGGCGACUUGGGGAAGAUCAAAAUACUUUGAUCGGAUAUUCCCUGCUGUCUAUGAGGACCUUCUGCCUAGCGCUGAGGCAAGAGCCCGUCGCAUGGGAUGGGAUGGCGCAAGAUGGCCCAAGAUGACGGAGCUUGUCACCAAGGGCAUCGCUCCUGGAGAGACCAGGGCGUAUCUUCAAUGGCAGCAACCACACCCCAUCUAUCUUGCCGAACUAGCCUACAAAGCCAACCAAAGCAGGGAGACUCUCCAACAAUGGGACCGUACCAUCACGUCAACUGCCCAGUACAUGGCAUCGUUCGCUUGGUUCAACAACGCGAGUGGCAAAUAUGAUUUAGGACCACCUAUUCAGGGUGUCACGGAGAAUUCGUCCCCUACAGAGAUUUCUAACUUGGCCUACGAGCUUGCUUACUGGCAAUGGUCUCUCAAUGCAGCGUGCAACUGGAAAAAGAGACUUGAACAAGAUUGCCCCUCAGCGUGGUCUAGAGUGGCAGAGAAUAUGGCAUCCCCUCCUGAGUAUGAUGGCCUGUUCGCUCCCUGGAUCGGCGGCGGCGUAAAUGCAUCCUGGUGGGAUAACCCUCAGCUCAACAAAGAUCCUAGAAGCGUCAUCAUGUUGCAAGGCAUGGUACCCGACACCCCACUGGUGAACGCAGAAGUCGGUGUUAGAACUGCAGACAAGGUAUGGGAUGUGUGGGGUGACGCCCAAAUCAGAGGCUGGGGCCGAAACGUAUUGGCCAUCAACUCGGCGCGUAUCGGGAACCCAGAGCGAGCCAUAUAUCACCUAACUAAUUUCGGUUACUGGACGUUCGGUGAUCAAGGUUUUGCUCAUAGGUCUGGUCCAAGUGAGUAA